AUUAUUGAAACUACUCGAGGAAGGACGAUUUCUCGUUAAACCCCCUUUUUGUUUCUCCGACUGAAAAGCCUUGAGCAAUGGCCAAAGUCCCCACCGAGCACGCCCGUGAUCAAAACCAGGAUUCACAAAUGAAUACCAUUCUAGAGGAGCAGUUUUCGGACCAAGUUCUUGAUGAAUUUGUUCGCGUCGCUAAUGAAGCUGCGGAUGCUGCUGCUACUGUGAUAAAACAGUUCUUUUGGGAACCUAAAUUGAUUCAAACAUUUAAUAAGCGCGAUGAUGAUGGAUUCAUUGUUGAGCAAGCCACAUCCGCUGACUUAGCUGCCGAGGAUGCUAUCACUGCGGUGAUUUUACAGAAUUUCCCAGAUCAUUUAAUUUUUGGCGAGGAAAGGGGUUGGUUACCGGAAGAGAGGCUAGCCGAAUUUGUGUGGGUUAUAGACCCUAUUGAUGGCACUACCAGCUUCAAAAAUGGAGUUCCGUUGUUUGGCACGCUCAUAGCUCUUCUGCAUAAGAGUAAGCCGAUCUUGGGAAUCAUUGACCAGCCAAUUUUACGGAAAAGAUGGGUUGGAGUACAAGGAAGACCAACCACCGUGGAUGGUCUACCCAUACAGACCCGUCCCUGUGAACGGCUUUCGCAAGCAACGCUAUAUGCAUCUAGCCCAUUGCAUUUUAGCGAUGAAGAGCGAGAGGCCUUUAACCGUGUCACGGAAAAGGUUCAAGAACCAAUUUACGGUGCGGAGUGCUUUACCUAUGGACUCUUAGCUUCAGGGUUUGUCGAUGUCAUUGUCCAGUCUUUUCUUGGGCCAUAUGAUUUUCUUGCUUUUAUACCAAUCAUAGAAGGAGCUGGAGGAAUUAUUACAGAUUGGGCUGGUCAGAAACUUCAGUGGGAAGCUUCUCCAGUGUCCAAAGGUCCAACUUAUUAUCGCAUAAUAGCGGCUGGAGAUGACCAGGUUCACCAGGAUGCACUGGAAUAUCUAAAGGAAUGUUCGAGUAUAACUGAGAAUGAAUGAGUUUUGUAUUUAAUUAGAAACUACUUAUAGUGUAGCAUUAUUUCCAAAGUUUUAUUUCAUCUUCCAUGUUUUUCCUGCUGUCUAACAUAUCACAAGAAGCGAGACAAUGACAGUUUUCUACAUUCUAGUUGAUGGGUAAAGAAUUUAAGACUAUUGAGGUACUACACAUCAAAUUUACAACACUCCAAAUAUUACACCUGUUUAUUAA